AUGGAAGAACAGCUAAAUGGAUAUCAACAGGAAGAGAAACAAUUAAAAGAGGAACUUCAACGAGUUGUUACACUCCAAGCUAAGUUAGAAGAAAACCAAGAGGAACUAAAGAAAAUGAGAAAACAGCUGAAUGGAUUGCAAAGACAAAGUGAAGACUUGAGAGAGGAACAAAGAAGAGCUCUUGAACUAGAAAAUCAGUUAGAAACGAGCCAACAAGAGCUAAUAACAAAACGAGAUCAACUGAACGAAUUUCAUGAACAGGAGGAACUACUAAGAGAGAAACAUGAUCGAAUUAUUGAACUGAAAAGUCUACUUAAAGUAACAGAACUUGAUAAAGCAGCAAUGGAAGAACAACUAAAUGGUUAUCAACAACAAAGUGAAAAAUUAACAGAGGAACAUCAACGAGUUGUUACACUCCAAGCUAAGUUAGAAGAAAACCAGGAGGAACUGAGAAAAAUGAGAGAACAGCUGAAUGGAUUCCAAAGACAAAGUGAAGAGUUGAGAAAGGAACAAAGAAGAGCUUCUGAACUAGAAAAUCAGUUAGAAACAAGCCAACAAGAGCUGAUAACAAUACGAGAUCAUUUGAACGAAUUUCAUGAACAGGGAAAACUACUGAGGAAGGAACAUAAUAGAGUAAUUGAACUGGAAAGUCAUCUUGAAAUAAUGGAACUUGAUCGGGCAGUAAUGGAAGAACAACUAAAUGGAUAUCAACAACAAGAUGAACAAUUAACAGAGGAACAUCUACGAGUUGUUACACUCCAAGCUAAGUUAGAAGAAAACGAGGAGGAACUGAGAAGAAUGAGAGAACAGCUGAAUGGAUUCCAAAGACAAAGUGAAGAGUUGAGAGAGGAACAAAGAAGAGCUUUUGAACUAGAAAAUCAGUUAGAAACGAGCCAACAAGAGCUAAUAACGAAACAAAAUCAAUUGAACGAAUUUCAUGAACAGGAGGAAAUACUAACAGAGAAACAUGAUCGAAUUAUUGAACUAAAAAGUCUUCUUAAAGUAACAGAACUUGAUCAAGCAGCAAUAGAAGAACAACUAAAUGGUUAUCAACAACAAGGUGAACAAUUAACAGAGGAACAUCAACGAGUUGUUACACUCCAAGCUAAGUUAGAAGAAAACGAGGAGGAACUGAGAAGAAUGAGAGAACAGCUAAAUGAAUUCCAAAGACAAAGUGACGAGUUGAGAGAGGAACAAAGAAGAGCUUCUGAACUACAAAAUCAGUUAGAAACAAGCCAAGAAGACUUGAUAACAAUACGAGAUCAUUUGAACGAAUUUCGUGAACCGGGAGAACUACUGAGAGAGGAACAUAAUAGAGUAAUUGACCUGGAAAGUCAACUUGAAGUACUGGAACUUGAUCGAGCAGUAAUGGAAGAACAACUAAAUGGAUAUCAACAACAAGGUAAACAAUUAACAGAAGAACAUCAACGAGUUGUUACACUCCUAGCUAAGUUAGAAGAAAACCAGGAAGAACUGAGAAGAAUGAGAGAACAGCUGAAUGAAUUCCAAAGACAAAGUGAAGAGUUGAGAGAGGAACAAAGAAGAGCUUCUGAACUAGAAAAUCAGUUAGAAACAAGCCAACAAGAGCUGAUAACAAUACGAGAUCAUUUGAACGAAUUUCAUGAACAGGGAAAACUACUGAGGGAGGAACAUAAUAGAGUAAUUGAACUGGAAAGUCAUCUUGAAGUAAUGGAACUUGAUCGAUCAGUAAUGCAAGAACAACUAAAUGGAUAUCAACAGAAAGGUGAACAAUUAACAGAGGAACAUCAACGAGCUAUUAGAAAACUACUGAAUGAAUUUCAAAUAGAAGCUAAACAGUUAACAAAGGAGCAGGAAAUAGAUAAUGAACUAAAAAGGAAGUUAGAAAACAAGCAAAGGGAAUUAAAGAGAAUGACAGAACUACUCAAUGGAUUAGAGGUGGAAGAACAACAAGUUACUGAGCUGCACUUACAAACAAACCAGCAUGAACUAACGAGAAUGAGAGAACAGAUUGAACUUGGUAAAAAGGAAGAAGUACUUGAAAACGAGCAACAACGAGUUUGUAAACUGAAAAGUCAGUUGAAAACAAGCCAACAAGAGGUGACGAAAAUGAGGGAGCAACUGAAUGAAUUUUAUGAACAGAAACAACAGCAACUGCUGCAAAAUCAGCUAGAAACAAGCCAGCAAGAAGUGAAGGGAAUGAGAAAACAACUGAAUGAAUUCAAUGAACAAGAGGAAUUACUGAAAGAGGAACAACAACGAGUCACUGAACUGCAAAUUCUAAAAGAAACAGGGCAGCAAGAGGUAAAAAGAACGAGGAAACAACUGCUUGAAUUUCACGAACAAGAAAAAUUACUGAAAGAGGAACAGCAACGACUUAGGGAAAUGCAAAAUCAGUUACAAACAAAUCAACAAGAGUUAAGAACAAUGAGGGAACAGCUACAUGAAUUUCACGAAUUUUUACUACAAAAGGAACAAAAGCGAGGUUUUGACCUCCAAAUUCAGUUAAUAACAAGCCAGCUUAGGUCUAAGGGAAUAAGAGAUCAAUUGAAUGGACUUGAGAAAACGGAAGAGAUAAUAAGAAUGGAACAACAACGACUUUUUGAUCGAAAAAAACACUGUUUUGAGCUAGAAAAAAAACAGCUAAUCAUUAAACUGCAGAUUCUGUUAGAAGACAGUCUACAAGAUUUGACAAGAAUGAGAGAACAAUUGAUUGGAUUUCAAGGACAAAAAGAGCUUCUACGCGAGGAACAACAACGAGUUAUAAAACAGCAGCUUCAGUUAGAAACAAACCAACAAGACUUAAGGAGAUUGAGAGAGCAGCUUCAACGAAAAGAAGAGCUUCUUAGAGAGAAACAAACACUCGUUCUUGAACUUCAAAAUCAGGUAGAAGCAAAUCAACAAGACUUGGCAAGAGAGAUAAAGUUAUAUAAAAAGGACGGAGAACGUCUAAGGGAGGAACAACGACGAGUGCCUGAACUGCAAAGUCAGUUAGAAUCAAACCAACAAGACUUGGCUAGAUUGAGAGAGCAGCUCGGUGGAUUUCAAGGACAAAAACAGCUUCUACGCGAGGAGCAACAACGAGUUAUUAAACAGCAGAUUCAGUUAGAAAAAAACCAACAAGACUUAGCGAAAUUGAGAGAGCAGCUUCAACGAGAAGAAGAGCUUUUAAGAGAGGAACAAAAACGCGUCCUUGAAUUUCAAAAUCAGGUAGAGGCAAAUCAGCAAGACUUGGCAAGAGAGAGAAAGCUGUAUAAAGAGGACCGAGAACUUUUAAGGGACGAACAACGACGAGUUCUUGAACUGCAAAGUCAGUUAGAAUCAAACCAACAAGACUUGGCGAGAUUGAGAAAGCAGCUCAGUGGAUUUCAAGGACAAAAAGAGCUGCUACGCGAGGAACAACAACGAGUUAACAAACAGCAGAUUCGGUUAGAAAAAAAACAACAAGACUUAGCGAAAUUGAGAGAGCAGCUUCAACGACAAGAAGAGCUUUUAAGAAAGGAACAAAAACGCGUUGUUGAACUUCAAAAUCAGGCAGAGGCAAAUCAGCAAGACUUGGCAAGAGAGAGAAAGCUGCAUAAAGAGGACCGAGAACUUCUAAGGGAGGAAAAACGACGAGUUCUUGAACUGCAAAGUCAGUUAGAAUCAAAGCAACAAGACUUGGCUAGAUUGAGAGAGCUGCUCAGUGGAUUUCAAGGACAAGAAGAGCGUUUAAGGGAGCAAAAUCAACUAGUCUUUGAGCUACAAAAUCUGUUAUACAGAAGCCAUGAAGAGCUGAGGAGAUUUAGAGAGUUGGAAAACGAGUUUCAAAGACAAGGUGAACGAUUAAGAGAGUAUCAACAAAGAGUUCACGAAUUGGAGAAUCAAAUAUUACCACAAGAACUGACGACAAGAAGAGAUCAGUUAAAUAGCGUAGCAAGACUAUAUGGACGACAUAAAGGAACGGAACAACGACGAACUUCUGAACUGCAAACUUGCUUUGUUGAUGGGAUUAUUGAUAGGAGUGAAAUUUCACUAGAGGAAACAGAGCUCGGACGAGGGGCUUAUGGAGUUGUUUUUCGAGGAAAAUAUCUUGGUUGCAAUGUUGCCGUAAAAAAAAUGCACCAAGCAAUAGUGUCUGUUCACAACCGAAGUUUGUUUGAAAGGGAAAUCGCAAUUGCCUUGAAAUGUCGUCAUCCUUGUUUGUUACAGUUUAUUGGUGCGACUGCCUUUACAUCCGAUGACGAAAGCCCUAUGCUGGUAACAGAAAUUAUGGAUUGCAGUUUACGAACUAGGCUUUAUGCAGAACCACCUCUCUCUGCCACGGAAAUUUGUGCCAUUUCACUGGACGUAGCUCGAGCUCUCAAUUAUUUGCACAAGAAGCGAGAGCCUAUGAUUCACAAUGAUAUCAGUAGUGCUAAUGUGUUACUACGGCGACAAGGUGACCGAUGGAGAGCCAAAGUAGCUGAUUAUGGCAGUAUUAAUUUUUUACAUCAGAGCACAAUAAAUGACGUAGGCGCUGGGAUCUAUUGUGCACCCGAGUACUUGGAUAAAAAAAGUAAUCGACCCACCAGCAAGGUCAGUGACAUUCAUUUUAAAAACGUCACCUUUUUGCGUGAUCUUGGUUAGUCACCUCGGGGGUAAAAUGGUUGCACUAGUUCCUGUAAUUUAACCCUGUAUAUGUGAGAUUUGAAUCAUACGUGUUUUAUAUUUGUCGUUAUUUAAUGCUCGAAGGGUGGCAGAUGGGAUUUUUUUAGUGCUUUUUAAAGACUUCUUUAAUCUCUUGGCCAAAAAAUAAUCAGAAUAAUGCCAUUUUGAUCAUACGUGACAUGAGCCUGGUAAAAUGCAUCAAGAACGCAAAACGCAAACUUGGAAUAAUAGAAACGCUUGGUGACAAGAUAAUAUUUAAUAAUUAAUGAAUGAGGCUGAGUAUCUUAUGAAGAAUUAUGGAGAUCGAGGAGGGUACGGCCGAGGCGGAUCAACACCCUCCGAGAUCUCCAUAAUUCUUCAUAUGAUACAAAAGCCGAAUUCAAUAAUUGUUUUAUUAUUCAUUCAAAAUAAUUUCUAGUUUAAAAACAUAGCUAAAACAUGCUUACCUCCAUCGACCAUCGAUGUUAAGUUCAUCUUCGAUAGUGCACGUUUAGGGUUGUUCAGCUCCGCAAAUAUUCUCCAAAUAGCAGAUGUCGCCCUUCGAGUUGUCUUCUCGCUGUUCUUGCCAUGUUUUUAGCUAUUAUAUCGCCUAGUUUUUACUCUUGAAACGAGUGAACUGUGCGCCAUUUUUGUUUCCACAACCAAAACAACUCAACCUCGUCCCCUGGUCUUCUCGGUUAGCGAUGCAUUAACCUACAAAAACGCUGCAUUUUCCUCGCUAAACACAAAAUUCUUCCAAAUUUGGUCAUCAAUAACUGGUUAUGGUGAAUUAAACGUGUGCUUUUAGCCAAUCAGAAUCGGGGAAAUACUCCUGGGGAAAUACUUUGAAUGAAUAAUAAAUAUUAUUAUUCAUUCAAAAUAUUUCCCCAAUUCUGAUUGGCUGAAAGCACACGCAUAAUUUACCAUAACCAGUUACUGAUGACCAAAUUUGGAAGAAUUUUGUGUUUAACGAGGAAAUGACGUCAAAAAUGCAGUCCGCUACAGGUUGCUACAGGUUAAGGCACCAUUACCGAGAACACCUGGGGACGAGGUUGAGUUGUUUUUGGUUGUGAAAAAAAAAUGGCGGACAUUUCACUUUUUUUGAGAGUAAGAACUACAGCUGGGACUAGGCGAAAUAAUAGCUAAAAACAUGGCAAAAACAGUAAGAAGACAACUCGGAGGGCGACAUCUGCUAUUUGGAGAAUAUUUGCAGAGCUGGACAAACUUAAACGUAUACUAUGGAAGAUGAACUUAACAUCGAUGCAGGUAAGCAUGUAAUAGCUAUGUUUUUAAUAAGAUAUUAUAAUCAUUUAUUUCUUCUUGCAUGGACCUGAUUUACCAAGAGGACUGAAUGAAGUUACAGGUUCUUGACGUAAAAAUAAAUAAGAUGGUGUUAAAUAAGAUCUCCUCGAAUAAAUUUCUAAUUAUUAAAUCAGCAGUUCUGAAAAAAAAAAAAAUAAAACAAGGAGCACAUCCACCUGGAGCUUCCACCUUCUUUUUAAGGUCUGGUUCACAGCUUGGUGGACUUUAAGGCUUUUUAUAGAAUCGUUCUUUUACGCAAAACCUCUGCCAGCGAGGACAGUCUGUAAUAAGGACAGUAAGAUUUCCAGCAACUAAACAGUGGGGGGGGACAGGGGGGUGACAACCUCCCGCUUCCCGUACCCCGUUCUCCCGCCUCCCGUACCUUUUUGUUCCUUUGUCUCCCGACUCCCGCCCUUUAUUGUAUUUUUCCCGUCAUCAUGUAAAUUAUAAAGAUCAGAAGCCCGGGUUUAGUGUUAAAGCUGUAGGGUAAUUUGCCAAAGAUGAAAAUUGUUACAAGUCAGUUUUCUUAGUUAAACUGAGUUUUCACUAACCUGGUUAUCUAGGUUUGACCACCGCUUCUGACAUCCCACUACAGCGACAAUAGUCUCAGUCCACUGUGCAGUGUAAUAGCUAUUGCAGUCAUCAAAGAUGCAUUAACAUGCAUUUAGGAAUCCCGAAAUUACGGGGAUCAUGCCAAAAUGAAGUCGAAGGGCCAAACGUUACGAUAGAGUUCAGUACUCCUGUCUAGUUCCCAGCGUCUAAUUGUACUAAUUGCAUAUCCACCGCGGUUAGUUUUCGUUAUUUUUCGUAAGAAGUCGUAAGCUAUAAAAACUGACUUCAACGAGACAAUAAUUGCAUGUUCGUUAACCGUUUGCAUUUUAAAGCGUUCAGUUUAGUGCUGGUGGAGUAUUAUUGUUAUCUGGUUAUCAAAUCUCAAACCUAUUCAUAUUUGCUCGAGAAGUUGUAUCUUUCAUCAAACAUCGGCGGGGAGGUUUAACGGUUAUACAUACAUUUUUACAUCGGAAUGAUGCAUCUAUGUCCGAUUUUAACAAGAAGCAUUUGAAGAAACGAAUGCUCUGCUCUUAUUGGCUUAUUACAAGUUAAAUAACAGGACAGGGAACAGGUUGCAAUAUGUGUAAAAAGUGCCCGUAUUUUGCUACAGUAAACAAACUAGAAAAAGUCUUCCAUGCGCCGAGGAGGUCGCACUGAUCUCCUCAGCUCCUACUCCAAAUGUUAGUUAGAGCAGUAAAGUCUGCCUCCUCUUCCUCCGAGUCGAGGGAACUUUUCUAAAAUUACAGUGCAAAGUGCUAGGAAAUGACACCUACCGUGCAGUUCGUAAUCUUUGUUAUCUAUGAAGUCCAACCGGACAGCGUCCCACGCUGUUUGACUUCCUAUUCUAAUAGGCAGUGCUUUGGCCUUAUCCAAAACAAAAAAUUGCGUUGUAUAUCUAACCACUCCGCACUCUCCAGCGCGAUCAGUGAAUUUGCAUUCCCUGGACACAAGUUUGCACCACGCCGUAAAAUCUUUAGUGUUUUGCAAACUACAAUCUUACGGAGCGAGCUCCCAGGAAGGUCUUCCAUGUACGGAUUUUUCCACACCACACCGAAAAAUACUUAGACCGAUUAAAAUGGUCUUUGACGACAUUUUAUGCACCUAUCAAUGUAAUGCCGGCGGGGGGGGGGGGAGGAAGGGCACAGGGUGGGGAUUUGACUUUUUUCCAAAAUUUGCAAUCAAAUUCCCUGCCCACGGGCAAAUCAUUCCAGUCAAAUGCAACCAAAUUUCCCCACCCCAGGCUGCACAUUGCUGUCAGUCCCAAGGCAGAACCUAAGAAAGGCACAAUAAAAAUAUCUCCAAAUAAAACUCUGCAAUCUUUUAUAAACGUUGCUACAUCACCAAAGAUACAUGUUCCUGUUACAGCUGCAAUUAUACGUUUUAACCAUAAUCCGUGUCACACUGGGUAGAAUACAUAAACCUUUAGGAGAAAGUCCACAUUUUGUAAGUCUAGAUAUACCGUUCUUAGUAAAGGGUACAAACAAAGUCAGUUUUAUCAGUGAUUGUAGCGAACGAGCCAUACACUAAUCAACUGCACUUGCAAAAAUCGGCUCGGUUUCUCUUUACUUCCGUUUACUUUGAUACCACAUUAUAUUAACAGGUUCAAUUGAUCAAAAACACCCUAAAACAAACGAAAUUUGAAGACAAAACAGUGAAGUCCACUCAGCCUUCGCUUGCUCUCAUUGGCCUCCAUGACUUCCUGAUCUUUUCAAACCGUAUGGUGCGUGCGUGAAGCGUAGAAGCGGGAAACACAUGUUCGGUCUCAGUCUUUUUCGUGCGAGUCGGCAGUCAAAUAUCUCCACGUCGGGCGAAGAAAGAUUCAAAUAUCCUCUCCCCCGGGAGAACAAGAUCAGUCAAAUGCCCUACCCCAGGGACAACAAAGACAAUCAAAUCCCACCCUAUGCCCUGCCCCCCCCCCCCUCCGCCUUUACAUUGAUAGGUGCAUUACCUGCGAGACAGGUCAAACAGACGAGACACUGACACGACUUACACAGUCGACACACGUGUACAUGUGUCACGCCACCUCAUUCAUGAGGACUCGUGACCUAUGAUGUAACCGACUUGGAAAGGUUUCCAAUUUCACCAGAAGUAAUGCUCUUUUUUCAAUCCCGUGUGCGAAUUUACGUUUUUUGACUUUUCUCGCAUUAAAAUUUUGAUUUAGGGCCUCGGAGAACGUUAAACGGAAGUCAAGAAACGUUGUUGAGUUCGUUUCUUUGACUGGAUGAUGAGCAGUAACAAUUAACGAAAGCUUGCCUUUUGGAAUUUCUCUCCCGCUUCCCGCCAUCAUAGAGAUCCCGCUUCCCGCCCUUUCUUCUCCCGUCUCCCGUACCCCUCCCGCCCCCUGUUCUCCCGGGCUCCCGCCCCCCUGUCCCCCUCCACACAAGUUAAGUUCGAAGAAAGUCAAAUGAUCGACAACUUGUGGAUAACUAAAGUUCAUGUUCACCUCUGUCUACUUUACCUGCAUCCUGAAGAAAGACAGGCAGACAGACAGCUGCCGAAUGUUUCUGACAGAAUUUCAUUUAGGCUUGUUGUUGCGAAGUACGUGAAGUGUGGAUCCAUUUCGGUCUUCGCAUAUUUAAUACGGUUACUAAAGUAACUGGUUUGUUUUUGCUGCUCUCAGUUAGCAACUCGUUAAACUUCUUUGUCCGUUAUAGUCUGUUUGUUUUCUUACUGUAAUACAUUUUUAACUUUGACCAAGAAUUCCGAAUGGUAGUUAAUACUAGUGUUGUUUACAAACUUGCUUCUGGAAAUGUUGGUAGGAAAAAAAUUUGGCUGUCUCCAUCUACUCUAUUUUCGGCGGGAAAAUGUGGAGGCCGCAAGCAUCACCGGGUUUUUUUUGACAUACCACCCGAUGCAUACUACAGAAUAUACAGCCUGCGGGUUUAAUGUGCUUUCUGAUUGGCUCUGUUCUCUAUGGCAUGGGAUAAGUAUCUGUACUGUACACCCGUUUUCAGAAAGCUGACGUUUUUUUCUUUUAUUUGGGGAAGGAAACAAAAGAAAACACAAAAGAUAAGACGAAAAAAAAUGCUUGGAAAAGUAGUUUUAGCAGGAUCGAAAGAGUACGUACAAAUUACAUAACGGGCACAUUUUCCGGAUUAUUUCUCAAAAUAUGUGAUUGUAAGACCGCCAAAAAUUAGAAGAGGAGUUGUGUGGCUUUUACCACCCAGUCAAAGUUCAUUUCCUUUCCAUGAAAAUAUUUUGUAAAUUUUGAAAUUGUUUAAAUUUCAUAAAAUCUCUCCCUUACGCAUUACCCUCCUCAGUGUUUUUUUUGGUAAGAUAAUCGAUCAUGUCUGGCGAAUACUAAAAAUGUGGAUCACUUUAAGGACACAAAUAAAGCCUGGUACAAACUUUAGAUGAAGGAAAUGAUUGACACCCUGUACGCAAAUGACUUACUGGAACAUUGUUUCUUUAUAAUUAGGUUGAUGUGUAUAGUUUUGGUGUCCUCCUCUGUGAAAUGUGCAUCAGAGAACAACCAGACCAGGAGGACCGUGAGAGACAAAUACAGCGGAUCAGAAACCUCUGCCGUCGAGGCCUCGUGAGGCGAUGUGUACAGCAAGAACCUUGGGAAAGGCCAAAUAUGGACAUGAUUAUUUAUGAACUGGAGAGACCAAGUGGAAGAGCAUAGAAAGUG